AAGCAGAACAUUAGUAAAUCAAUAAGCAAUGAGAACCACAAACAAAAACAAAAGCAACGAGAGGCGCUCAUCAGCAAUUGCGGUACUAAGGAGCCCAAGUUACAUAGCGAAACACGGCUGGAAUGGCACGCGCAGGGAAAGGUCAAAAUUCAAGGUGGUAGAAAAUUGCGACAACAAAAUGUACACCAAAGAAUAAAACAUCAGCAUCAGCAUCGACACCGACAUCUCCAUAAACAUGAACAUCAUCAGCAACAACGACAACAACAUAAAAACUCAUUGCAAAAUAUGCUAAAGCGACGUCAUCGGAAGUAUCAUCAACUAUCUGAACCGCCAUCGCAGCAGUCACCGCCGAAUGCAGAAAUGGAAUUCAAAUAUGAGACUGCAACAGAUGAGAUUAAAGCGAUCAGCGGCGGCAACAAAACUGAUUUCUUCAUUCCCUCUCACUUCGUUAAGCAAAACAGUGAGGCCGCUACAACAACAAGCACCAACAACAUUGCCGCCAACGUUCAGAACAACAACAACAAUAGAGACGACGACAAUAAACAAAGUUUAAAUAUGGGAAACGGAAAACGCACGAAACGUUCAAUUAGCAGCCCACGUCAUGUGGAAGCGUUAAUAGUGGCAGAUGCAACGAUGGUCGCCUUUCAUCACAAAUUGGAGACAUAUCUACUAACCAUAAUGAAUAUGGUAUCGGCGCUGUACAAGGAUCCCAGCAUUGGCAAUUCAAUUGAGAUUGUUGUCGUCAAAAUGAUUUUGCUGGAAGAGUACGAAGCGCAUCCAGAUCUUAAUCUGACACAAAAUGCCCAAAAGAAUUUGGAUACAUUUUGUAGCUGGCAGCACAAACUGAAUACGGUCAAUAAAGACGAUACAUAUCAUCACGAUGUUGCCAUUCUCAUAACAAGGACGAAUAUAUGCGGCAACAAUUGCAUGACUCUCGGAUUGGCUAAUGUGGGUGGCAUGUGCAAGCCGAAGCAGUCCUGCAGCGUCAACGAGGAUAAUGGUAUCAUGCUGUCACAUACAAUCGCACAUGAACUGGGACACAAUUUCGGCAUGUUCCACGAUACCGCAAAAAUCGGAUGCCAUCCUCGAAUCGGCUCAAUUGUUCACAUAAUGACUCCGACUUUUGGGGCGGAUACCUUGCAAGUUAGCUGGUCGAAUUGCAGUCGGAAAUAUAUUACACAAUUUCUCGACCAGGGUCUAGGCAAUUGUUUAGAUAAUACUCCAACUGCGGUAAAAAAAUACGUUUACCCUGCUCUGCCUCCUGGAGUACUUUUCGACGCCGAGCGGCAAUGCCGGUUGCAGUUCAAUCUUACGGACUCCGACCUCGAUGCGUCAUCAUGUACGUCCAUGAAUGAAAUCUGUUCGGCUUUGUGGUGCAGAGUGAAUGGCGAAUGCGUAACGAAUAUGCGGCCGACGGCACCGGGAACCAGUUGUGGUGAUGGAAAGUGGUGCCAGAAUGGCAAGUGUGUGCCUAUUGAGCAAGCUCUGCCCAUUAACGGCAAUUGGGGCAAUUGGUCUCAGUGGAGUGAAUGCUCGAGAACUUGCGGUGGAGGCGUGUCUACGCAAAAACGGGAAUGCAACAAUCCGGUUCCGGCGAAUGGAGGUCUCUUUUGCAUUGGUGAGAGAAAAAGAUAUAAAAUAUGCAAUUAUCAACCAUGCCCGGCGGGGGAGGUCAGUUUUCGAGCAAAGCAAUGUUCAAAGUAUGACAAUGUGUGCUAUCAGGGUGGAACUUAUAAAUGGCAACCAUUUUUCGAUAAAAAGAACCCGUGCAAGUUGCAGUGUACUGAUGUCGACGAUACGAUUAUAGCAAACUGGGGUGAAAUGGUGGCUGAUGGGACUCCUUGUCGCGUUGGCACCAAUAAUAUGUGCAUCGAUGGAAUUUGCAAGAAAGUUGGAUGUGAUUGGAUUGUGGACUCCGAUAUGGAAGAAGAUCAGUGCGGGGUGUGUGGUGGCAAUAACGAUCAAUGUAAGUUUAUAAAGGAACGAUUUGAGGAAAGUUUUAACAUAACCGAUGGCUAUGUAGAAGUUGUCACUAUUCCUGCUAAGGCGCGCCACAUCAUCAUAAAGGAGCUAACCAACUCGCAACAUUUUCUCGGCAUUUCAAAGGCAAACAGUAGUUAUUUCUAUUUAAAUGGCGAUAGUCUUAUAUCGAUGCCAGGAGAAUUUAAUGUCGCAGGCACAGAAAGCUUAUAUGAUCGGGCAGACGAACAAGAGAGCAUAAAAAUUCCUCAGCCAAUUGAAAAUCCAAUAACAGUGCAUGUAAUUGUUCGCGGUGAGGUACUGAAUGCAAGUAUUUACUACGAAUUCACUUUGCCUGCGGUUAACAACACCAGAGGGAAGAGGUAUUCAUGGAAGUUGGGUGAUUGGACGCAAUGUACCAGCAGCUGUGGCGGCGGUGUUCAAUAUCGUGAGACCCACUGUUUUGAGGAGGAUGAAUUAACACCCGCCAACGAGCUGUGCUGGACUUUUGCACAAAACAAACGACCACCGCGCCGUGUACGAGUCUGCAACAAAAUCUCAUGUCCUGCCCACUGGUGGGCGGGGCCGUGGCAAUACUGCCCAGUUACCUGCAAAUGGUCCGAGGGUGUGUUGCCUGUGAGACGACGCUCGGUUAUGUGCCUGGACCAAAAUGAGGUUGUGGUCGCAGAUAAUCGUUGCAAUGAAACACUAAAGCCACCGGACACAGAACCCUGUAGCUAUAAUUUACCGGCCUGCAAGGUAAGCCAAAAGCUGGAUAACUUUAUUUUGCGAGUGCAAAACUUAUAGUACGCUUGAGCGA